AUGGCUGUCUUUGGAUCCUUCCGCAAGUGGCUUGCACUCAAGCAAUACCAACUCGAGGUUACUUUCAGCGUCUACAUGUUCACGCCAUGGGAGAAGUUCUUCUUCAGCUCCAUCGUCUUUCUUCUCUUCAGCCUGACCUUUAUCGCCGCCUGUCUCUAUCUCCCGCAUCACAUCUCAUUCCUCGUCGGUCGCGCAUGGUACUACAUGAACGGAGAGCAAAUCGACGUCGCCGAGGUGGUGCAAGAGGCUGUUAAGGAUAUGUCCGCCAGUGCGCUAUCUGGUGCAACGGCAAGCGCGGUAGAUGUUACUAAGGAGACCAUCGAAAUUGUCAAGGAGCUAUAA